AUGUCGGAAGCUCCUGAAAGCACAGGCACGGAACGUGGCAGCACAGUGCCGUCACGCGCUGCGCAUGAUGGCGGACAUCCGCGGCACAUCGCACCGCCACCGUCACACAAUGUCGGGCGAACGGGGGACACAUCGCCGACACGCCGGCGCUCGCCGCUGUACAACAUAUCAUCAUCACAGCGGCGCUCAGCUCAGCGAGCAAUUUUGCAGCGGCCAGAUGUCGCCUACCGGCCGCCGCCGCCGCCGCCAGGGCCUUCCUUCCACAUUCCGGCCGCCGGCAGCUCAGCGGAGCAGCGGCAGUCGCAUCCACCACCGCGCACGGAUACCCCUCACAAACCUUGGCGACUGAGCAGUGGCGGGGCCAACGUAUUCCCGCAGCGCCACCCAGGGCACGCUGAUAUGGCGCCGCCGCCGCCGCCGGCGACCCAGCCGCAGGAGCAGGAGCAGCGGCGGCAGCAACAGCAAACUGGCGGCUAUCGGUGUAUCGACGACGGUCCCGGUGGAUCCGCAUCUGCGCCGCGACCGGAGCCCCUGACGAUGUGCACUCACUCGUACAGCCGGGACGUUCAAAGACCCUCAGUUCCUCAUACGUCGUCUUACCAACGUGAAGCGGCCGCACCUGCCGCAGCCCACUGGCGGCGGCUGCAGCCAACCCCGCAGCCGCAGCCCGCCCCACAGCCGCAGCCAACCCCGCAGCCGCAGCCCGCCCCACAGCCGCAGCCAACCCCGCAGCCGCAGCCCGCCCCACAGCCGCAGCCGCAGCCAACCCCGCAGCCGCAGCCAACCCCGCAGCCGCAGCCCGCCCCACAGCCGCAGCCGCAGCCAACCCCGCAGCCGCAGCCAACCCCGCAGCCGCAGCCCGCCCCACAGCCGCAGCCGCAGCCAACCCCGCAGCCGCAGCCAACCCCGCAGCCGCAGCCCGCCCCACAGCCGCAGCCGCAGCCAACCCCGCAGCCGCAGCCGGCCUCGUGUGUGGCCGCGGAUGUCACUGCCCCUGGGGCUGCUACAGCUGGCGCGGAUGCUAACGACGAUGCGGCAGCUUGCGUCAAUGCUGAUGCCAAUCCCCCAACGGUCCGUCCCAAACGUCUCCCACGAACUUUCCGUGUGGAACUGGGCCCGCCGCCGCCGCCGCCGCAGCAGCAGCUGGCCUCACCUCGGGUGCCAUACACAUUGGUAGCAACGGAAAAGAAGAAGAAGAAAAAGAAUCCGGCCGCUGCUGCAACGGCGGUGGCGGGGUCGCCGUGUACCGCACCGGUUCCGGACACGCGCGCUGCUUCUAUAAGGGCUGGUGACAGGCCGCUAGAAGGCGAGCGAAAAGCAGUACGGGAUGAACGACCUCGUGCUGGAUCUGAAUCUGGAUCUAGACCUCCUGAGUUCGUCGUGCAGCAGCAGCAUGUUCACCCAGGGGCCUCAUCCCCGUCGGCGGCGGCAGAGCGAGGCCGGCGGCGGCGGUACGGUGAGGGGGUGGAGCCGGAGCCUAGGUCAGGCCCAGGGGCAGGUGGCGGCGGCUCUUCAUCCAUGGCAUUACCUGAUUCGUGUGCUGGCGACGCCAGCUUAGGCCCUGGCCCUGCAAACGAUACCGCUACUGCUGCUGCUGCUGCUUUUAUCGGCUCGGCUCUUCCUCUUGACGAUGCGAGCGCGGUGGGGACUGGCGGACCGGCGGGAGUGCCGUCUCUAGGGUCGAGUCCUGCAGCAGCAGCAACGGCAGCGGCGCCUGCAGCAGCAGCGGCAGCGGCGCCUGCAGCAGCAGCGGCAGCGGCGCCUGCAGCAGCAGCGGCAGCGGCGCCUGCAGCAGCAGCGGCAGCGGCGCCUGCAGCAGCAGCGGCAGCGGCGCCUGCAGCAGCAGCGGCAGCGGCGCCUGCAGCAGCAGCGGCAGCGGCGCCUGCAGCAGCAGCAGCGGCAGCGGCGCCUGCAGCAGCAGCGGCAGCGGCGCCUGCAGCAGCAGCAGCGGCAGCGGCGCCGGCAGCAGCAGCAACGGCGCCGGCAGUAUCCUUUCCUGGUGCAGAUUUCGACGCUCAGUAUCCGUUGCAGGGAGCGACUGUGGCGGAGGCGCCGACUUCUACAACCACUGCUGCCGCUGCUACUGCCCGAUCUAGACGGCUGGCGUCGGUGGCAGUGGUGGUCACGGCGGGGUUUCCCCCUGCACGCGGGGAGCCUCAGCCGCCGCCGUUGCCGCUACCACCACAGCCGCCACACGCGCAGGCUGCGACAGUGGCGCCCGUCACUUUGUUGCCCGGCGGUACUGUCGACAAGAUGGGAGCGGAUGGAGGCGGCGGCAAUAGGGCCCGCAAUGAGGUGGAGAGCUCGUCUCGUGUUUCAGCCCCGUUUACCCCUUGCCCAGCAGGAGCAGUAGCAGCUCCGGCAGUAGCAGCUCCGGCAGCUCCCGCAGGAGCAUCAGCAGCACUAGCAGUAGCACCGGAAUCUGUAUCAGCAGCACCUGGCACUGCACAAGCCGCAGUGGCAGCAGCAGAAGCGGAAAUACUGGGCGAAGGUGUGAGGUACCCGGUCAUGGGAUCCACCGGCACAGCGGCUACAGCCACAUCUGACUUGCAGCAAAAAGGGGCGGCGGCGGUUCUUGCAUCGGCGGAUCAGGAGCUGGCGGCAGCCGUACCCCCGCCGUCGCCGUCGCCGUGCGUUACAGCCGCAGGACGAGAUACGGCGAUGGAUGCGGCGGCGGCGGCGGCGGCGGUUGCGACCGUACCGGCUGAGGAGCAAACACGUAAUCCGGAGGCUUUAGCAGCAGCAGCGGCGGCGGCGGCUGUUGUACCAGGACCGUCUAUUGCGACAGAAGCGGCAGAACCAGCGUUGAACAUAGCGGGUACGACAGGAGAAGCGCUGCGGAAGCCAGCGGAGGCUGUUGGCCGUGAAGGUAGUACGGAAGUAGGCCGCAGCGACGGCGGACCUGUCGACGGCUUGGCGGCGGAGGCCAGCGGCUUCGUGGUUCCGGCGGUGCCGCUGCCGCCGCCACCGCUGCCGGCCAAGGGCACUGCAAAGUCCGACGCGGCGGUCGCUAGUCUGUUGUAUACGACCGCCGCCGCGGAUGGAAAGGCAGCGAGUGUGGCUGCUGCGGCGGCGGAAAGUACCUUUGAUGCGGCGGCUAUGGAGCCUUGUGGCACGACUGCAGCCGCAACCCAUGGCAGCGACAUGGCUGCUACAGCCACUGGCGGCGGCGGCGUAUGGCAGCCUCGGGGUAAAUACCUAGCUCCAUCAGCGCCGUCCGCCACAGCCGCCGCCGCCGCCACCGCUGCACCGGGGCUGGCGGCGGCGGCGGCGGUGACGCGGCAGCGGUCUACCGCCGCUACUUCUCGGAGCGACAGAGGUGACGGCAGUGGCGGCGGCGGUGGAAUUCAGGGGCUGGGCUGUAGCAUCACUCGUAGAGAUCGCUCCCGUCGGAAUUUGGCUUCGGCUCCACCGAGGGCGACGGCAGCGGCGUCGUGGCCGAAAACCUUCCUCCUUCUGGACGCGUACGACAGCCUGGAAGGCAGCGAAAACGCAGGCGGCAGCGGGCAGGAGGGGCCCGCUGCGCCUUUGCAGGCCGCCGGCGCAACCGCACAUGCUGAUGCCGUACAGGGAAAUGACGGCGUGGCGGCCUCGUGUGUACAGCACUGUACAAUACCGGUGUAUGUGCAAGCCCUCACUCCCCGUCCGACAGGCAUGGGACAAGAGAAGCGAUUCGAUGGCGAUAUGAGUGCGACUAUCCAGCGAGUUCCGUCGGAGACGGCGCCAGUGGCGGCGGCGCCGCGGUGCGACCAUGGGCCCCAGGCGGCGGCGGUAGCAACACCGCCGCCACUGCCACCGCCGUCACGGCAGCAGCAGGAGGCGGCAUCUUUGGAGGCCGCAGGCAGGAGUGUUUCGUCGGGAGUCCAUGCAUUGCCGACGGCACCAGCCGCUACUUCGGCAUCAGGGCGAACGGUGACCGCGGCGGCAGCGCCGGUUGCGGAUGCCGUACAGCCAUCUCUUCCGCCGCAGGUGCCAACUCAUUCCGGAGGUCGCGGACAGAAGCGGCGUCACAACGCCAGCGGCAGCUUCGUGGGUACGGAAGUAACCGGUGACGGCGGUGCAGUGGCGGGUGGUGCUGGGUCAACGCCGCAGCGGAGGCGGAUGGACGGCACUGCCGCCGCCGCCGCCGCCGAAGCGGCGGCAGCGGCGCCAGGUCUACCUAAGUCGCCACGGCUACCCGCUACCCGCGGUCGGCAGCCAAAAGGGCAGCAGCAUGGAGCGGCGGAGGCAUACGACGGCGAGGACGCUGACGGCCGUGGCACCGGCCGCCGCCGUCAUGCACACGGAGGUAGGGAGUCGCGGGCAGUGGAACCGUCGCCUGUAGGUUUCCGUACUUCUGAUCUGGGGUCGAGGAGCCGCCGCCGCGGCAGCGGCGGCGGCAGUGGCGGCGGCAGCGCCAUCGCCGCCGGCCCUGCGUCCAGCGACGCUGCUGUUGUCGCUGCUGGAACGGACCCGUCCGCGGCCCCGUCACAGCUGCAGUCUUCCCACCCCCAUCAUCCCCGACACCCUCAGCAGCACCAGCAGCUCAACGCAGGAGGGGGGGAGUCGUGUCCUCGGGACAAGUCCCAAAGGCCGUUGGGGAGCCGGCCGCGACUGGGCAUCGAGACGCAGCUUCUCAGGGAGCUGUACGGCGAGCUGCCCAAGCCGGGUCAUGUCGUACGUGUGCAGGUUGAGCUGGACGGCACGGAGGUGUGUACCUUGGAGGCGGAGUUCUCCGGACGGCCCUGCAGCAAGGCCGGCUACAUCAGCGGAGACGCGCUGGAGGACCUGGCGGCGAACAGGUUCAUGCUGGGCUGGUCUCGGCCGACGACGACUCCGGGCCGCGACCGCGACGGCGACCGGGCGCAGGAACCUGCGGACAUAAAGCUGAAACUCGGCUCGUGGCCGGCAGCGGCGGAAGCGCAGGCGGAGGCGCCUGACGGCGGCGCCGCCGCUGCUGCUGCCGCCGCCGUCACCGCGGAUGUAUGUCCUGUGGCGGCGCUUGACGGGUUCACUGUGGGGGUUGUACAGGUGGGUGCGGUGGACGGGGGUGACGACGGUGAGCUCCAAGGCCGCCGUACUUCCACCCGACUGAAGAUGCAGCGCCAGGGGCAGUCACAGCCGCAGAAACGCACUCAGAAAGAGUCUAAAAAAGAUAUGGAUGCCGGUGUUGCCGCACCUGCCGCCGCUGGCAUUGCUGCCGCCGUCGCAGAGGCAAACACGUUGGCGGUUGGGGUAGCCGUUUCCGCCAACCGCCGGCCGUUGGGAGUCUCGCGGGAGAACGCGUCCUCAGAGGCGGAUGUUCUUCAGGAGGUGGCAGCGCGUACGGAAACCGUACGACGGCGGGAGUACGGCGGGCUGUCGUAUGCUGUAGCCGCCACCACGCCGCCGCCGCCACCUGAGCGGCAGUUAGACGAGGGGGAGGCUCCCGACCGGGCGCCGCCAUUGACGACCCAGCAGCAGCAGCCACAGCAGCAGCCACAGCAGCAGCCACAGCAGCCACAGCAAUCACAGCAAUCACAGCAGCCACAGCAGCAGCCACAGCAGCCACAGCAGCCACAGCAGCCACAGCAGCAGCCACAGCAGCCACAGCAAUCACAGCAGCCACAGCAGCAGCCACAGCAGCCACAGCAGCAGCAGCCACAGCAGCCACAGCAGCAGCAGCCACAGCAGCCACAGCAGCAGCAGCCACAGCAGCAGCAGCAGCGGGACCUGGAUCACUUGCAUCAUCCCCAGUGCCAGACCGGGCCUCUGCCCGCACCCCUGCCGCCGCAUGCCCCGCAGCACUCAGCCCCUGCUAUCCGGCCUCCGCCGCAGCACUCCCGGCUGCAGACACAUCCAGGCGCUACAGCCGCCCUCGAGCCCACGAGGGGGCCCGCUGCUGCCGGUGGGAGGGAAGACGCGACGGGAGGAAAGGAAGGCGCUGCCGCCGGAGCGGCAGCAGCAGCAGCUGUAGCAGCUGUAGCAGCAGGAGGAGAAGGACAGGGAGGCGAGAGAGCCGGGACCACCAUUGGUACCAUUGCUACAGCUCCCCAUGCUGCUGUUGCUACUGCUACUGCUACUGCUGCUGGCGGAGAUAACCUGGCACAUGCAGUUGGAGUGACGGCGACAGCAGCAGCGGCCGAGGGGGGUUCCGAGGCCGCGUCAACACGCGGGAUCGCGACGGAGCCGCUCACUGACCCAUGGGUUGAUCCUUCCGGCAAUGGCCACAUCGUGGCCGUGCAGCACAUUAGCCGGUUUCCGCCCUCCGCCGCCGCUGGUUUUGGCUUCAUCUCCGCCAGCGCAUUCACAAUAGGGUCACAGCAGGAGAACGUUGGCGGCUGUGCUGGUGAUGAUCUCAGCCCAACGGCGGUGGCGGCGGCUGCGGGAGCCGCUGCCGUACAGAGAGAGCAUUCCCCUGACGACAUCGACGCCGCCGCCAACGCGGGAUCUCUCAGUGUUGCUCUUGUUGCAGUCCCGACGGAGCUGCCCGCAUCCGCGGGGCCGGCGGCGGCGGCAGUGGCGGCGGCAGGAGCGGAGAUGUCAGAAGCAAUAGCAGGAUCAGGAGCGCUAGCGCCGCCGUACGCACCGCCGUACAUACCGCCGUACAUGUCGCCGUCUACAGUUCUGGAAUUCCUGGAAAGCGCCGCUAGGGAGUUGCGCGCCGCGAUGGACCCCACCGACCUGGAAUUGGGUUUGGCAGGAAGGCUGGCGAUUCAGGCGCUGUACGCGCCGCUAGUCAGGCGGGCGGCCCAGGCUCAGGCCAGCGACCCGGCGGCAGCGGCGGCGGCGGCGGCGGCUGGGGCUGUGGCUUGGGGCUGCAGCCGGGCCCCUGGUGUUUACAGUGUACCGCAGCUACCGCCGCAACCUCAACUGCUGAUACAGCCUGCGGAGGCCUUGCACGCUCAGCAGCAGCUACAACCGCAGCAGCAGCAGCAGCAAGAGGUGAGUCUCCAAGCUGGGACACUUGUGACGCGUCUUCCGGAUGCAGGCGCGUCCACCUCCACGGCCGCCAGGACUGCCCCGGCCCCAAGACCCGCUGCAGCGGCUGCUACUGCCACCGCCGCGGCCGCCUCUGCCAGGACUGGUAGCGCUACUGGUAUUGCUACGGCUGGUACUGCUACUGGCACUGCUGCGGGGGCCGCGGCUCCUGCUGCGGCGGAGGCAGUGGCAGUGGCGACGUCCCUCGACGCGGCGGCUCCAGAACCAGGCCCUGGCUUGCGCCGGGGUAUGCAGGCACCGGCUCCGGAACCAGAGCUAGCUAUGGCUCCGGAGCCAGGUCCUAGUUUUCUUCAGGACUUGGACUUUGCGAGUCUGCAGGCACUAGCUCCGGAACCGGCCGAGGUGGCGGGUGGACCUAGGGGUGCUGAGCCGUCCUUGGAAACGGAGGACGCCGCUGCCGCCCUGACGCUGGCGACGUCUGCUGUACCGUAUCCCGCGUCGACGGGGCCCGCUCCGCUGCUGCUGCCGCCGCCGCUGCCGCCGCCGGCUGAUCGUACGGCUUCUGCUGGGCUCCCUCAGGCAAUAUUCCCUCGGAACAGCAGCCACGUGUCGGCAUCUGCCGCUACGCGUGCUACUGCUGCCGUACCAGUCGCCGCCGGUGCUUCUGCUGGUGCUGCUGCCGUUGCCGCGGGCGUCAGCGCCGGCACUAUCGCACGGCAGCAGAGGGCGUCGCAACCGCAGCGGCGGCCUUCUGCAACGGGGCGAGGGGUGGCGGAGGCGGAGGUGGCCUCCGCUGCCGUCAUCGUCGUCGCCGCCACAACCCGCAAGGCCGCCACUGCCACUGCCGGAGGUGCAGACGCGAAGCCUGAUCUGCCGCCGCCGCUACCACUGCCACCGCGCCCAGCACAGUCGCAGCAGCAGCAGCAGCAGCAGCAGCAGCAGCAGCAGCAGCAGCAACCAGUUGGGAGGCAAGCCUCCCGCCGGGCUGCCGCUACGAGGGCGUCUGCCAAAAUUACCAAAGCCGCUGCGGAGCCCAGCGAUAUCAGUAGCGACAUCAAUAGCAGUACGGACGGUGGUAGUUGCCGCAGUGGCGGCGGUGACAUGGCGUCGGACCGCAAGAAGCCGCUGCUGCCACCGCAACCGUUGCCGUCGCGGCGGCGGCAGCUGCCGCCGUUGCUGCCGCCGCCGUCGCCAGUUGCGACGGAGAGGCCAUCCAAGCGGCGACGGCAAAGCGAUGCUGGCGGAGCUGACGCCCCGUACGCCGCCUUGGCGGACCAGGGCCACGUUCACCAUCGUCUGCAGCCCCCACAGCAGCCCCCACAGCAGCCCCCACAGCAGCCCCCAUGCCAUGAGGAUGUCGUCCUAGGUCCGCAUCAUCGCAGAGCCCGAAUCGUGCUGGAGGGCGGGUGGUCCUACCCGCUCUUUACGGGGGGACCUCUGUACAACCAGGACGGCGAGCUGUACGUUCCCGACGCGCCUCUUCGCCUUGGACAGCGGUUCAAAGGGCAAGCGCGUAAAGUCUACCUCUUCUUUGCCACCACCUUGACCUCCAUGGCAGCAGCAACAGCAGCGUCAACAGCAGCGCAACAGCAACAGGGACCGCAAGACCAACUACAACCGUCGCAACCGCCGCAACCGCCACUGCAGCUGCCGGCCCUUCCCCCCCUGGAGCCGCCCCAGUUACUUGCGCUAUCCGUCACCAAGUACUGCCACAGCUGCGAGAGCAGCUUCCUCACGGUCCAUUGCGAGUGGUGUGGUCGGAGAACUGUUUGCGAACGUAGUUGCCACCGCGACAAGUACCCGAGCUUCAGUUAUUGGGAGCUGAUCCACAAGUGCCCCAAGUGCCGGGGCAUUUGUGUCUGCCGAAGGUGCACCAGUUGGAACUACUACCCCUACCACAACCACCACCAUCACCACAAUCACACGCAGGAGCAACAACAACUUCAGCGGCUAACAAAACCCCAGCAACAGCAACAGCAGCAACAGCAGCAGCCGAACCGCCUUUAUCGAAAUGAUGUUAGCUGGGAGGCGCGAAUGGACAUGGCGGAACACGCCCUCCGGUAUAUCACGGGUACGGGUGCGGGUACGGAAAAGGGUACUACUGGACCAGCAACAGAGCCCGGUGGUGGCGGUGGCGGUGGCGGUGGCGGCGCAGGUGCUGCGGGUGGAGGCGGUGGCGGUGUGUUGGGGGCCUACCUGGCGUCUGAGCGCGGGGAGCUGCUGUACCGGCGAGCUGCUUCGCUGCGGUCGCGGCUUGAGGGGGGGCAGAAGGUGGAGGAGGAGGAGGAGGAGGAGGUGAAAGUCGUGCAGACGCGACACGAGCGCAUAUUGUGCGACCUUUGCGCUACGUCUCUCCCGGCCAUGCACAGUUUCUGUUCCGCUUGUCAGAAGGAGUACUGCCUUAGCUGCUGUCGGGAACUGCGACUACAACAACACCCGAUUCAACUUAAGCAGCAACAGCAACAGCGGAGGCGGCUUUUACAGCAGCAGCAGCUUCAGCACCAGCACCAGGGCCAGAGUGUUGGAGGUGGCGGUAGUAGUGGUGGUGUCUCCGUUCCUUCUUGUCCCGCUCCUGCCGCGGCCCCCCCUCCCCCGGUGCUGUCACCUCCCCCGCCACCGCUUCGUUGCCCGGUGCCGGGAUGUGGCCAGGUGACCCUGCUGCGGACCUACCUCUCUCCCGCCAUGCACCGGGUGCUGGAGAGGAUACACCAGGAGUACGGCACCAAGGCUGCCGCCGCCGGUCCCUCCCUGGCGCCUUCCUUCUGGGACCCCCAUAUGGUGGUGGUUUCGGAGGCGGCUCUCCGCCCCUCCCAGUUUGGUGGGGCGGAACCUGCCCGGCGGGCGAUCGAGGCGGCGCAGGCUGGCAGAGAGACCAUGCAGAGGCGGCUGAGUGGAAUUCCGCUGGGAACAGCGGAUCCAGUGACCCACGGGGCGGUGGGGCUGCUAGGCCAGGAUGGAGGGCUGGCCCAGGGGGAAAGUGGAGUGACCCGUGGGUCGGCAAAGGGCGCUUGUGGUGGCACUGAUGCGGACGUGGAUGACCCGGUCGUUGCUGCGGGCAUCAUGCCGUACCGGGGCCCCGGUCAGCCUCUGCCCCCCGGUCACGUGGCGGCGUGGGGCCGGUACGUACUGCCGCAGGAGGAUGUACGACUGGCUUCCGUACGGCCGCACGACGGACCUGACCAAACACCGCGGCACAUUUUCACACCCUCCGCUGCGGAUCUACACCCCCGCAGCCACCGUUUCGUGCCGUACGCCCUGCUGUUCCAGCAGCGGUGGCGGCAGCGCGAACCCGUGGUGGUGCGGGGCUGUGCGGGGCCCGACCCCGAAAUAUGGAAACCCGAGAACUUCCGUCGUGCCGUACGUGAAGGCCUGAAAUCGGCCUCGUCGGAGAGCCCUCGGAAGGCGGCCGGAAGGAGAGCACCCGGGGGGGAUGGAGGAGGGAGAGGUGGCAGGGGCGGCGGUAGGGGCAGAGGCGGCGGCGGUCUUGAUGGUGGUAGAAGAGGUGGUCUUCAAGUCAUCGAUUGCGCCGACCGAUUCCAGUUAGUGGAGGAUAUGGACGAGGCCACCUUUUUCAAGUUGUACGACAAACCGUACGAUGAGGAGGAUCAGCCCCAGAUGCUGAAGCUGAAGGACUACCCGCCUGCCGCCAACUUCCACAGCGUACUGCCCAAGCAUUACGAGGACUUCGUGGCCUCCCUCCCCCUUCCCUGGAUGACCCGCCCGGACGAGGCCCCCCUCAACCUGGCCACGUGGCUGGCUCCCGGAGCAAUGCCCACAGACUUGGGACCGAAGGCCUACAUCGCCUUCGGGACGGCGGAGGAGUGUACGGCGGCCCGGGAACGCGACUCCGUUACCAAACUGCACAUGGACAUGACGGAUGCCGUCAACGUCCUCAACCACGUACGGCAACAGCAGCAACAGCAGCAGCAGCAGAAGCCCCCAUCGGUGGAGGCGGGGGCAGCGUUGGCGGGGGCAGAAGCUGCCAACAACCACAACUACAACUACAACCAUAACUACAACCGAACCGGUUGCCGCGGUGCGGGUGGUUGUGGCGGCGGUGGCGGAGGCGAUGGCGGCGCACGUCCUGGCCCGCCGUGUGGGGGUCCCGUGCGGCCCCCGGUGCUUGGAGCUCGGUGCGGUAGCGACCUGCCGCAGCUGCCUGGGUACGGCGGUGCAGGUGCGGUGUGGGACAUCUGGGCACCUGGCCGUGAGACGGAGGCGCUGCGGAGAUACCUAACCGACCAUUGUACGGAAUUCGUACACAUGGGGGAGGCCAUUGUGGAUGUAGAGGAUGCGAUAUUCGACCAGACCUUCUUCGUGCCCCGAAACCACCGUGACAAACUCUGUGAGGAGUACCGGGUCGCCGGCUGGCACUUCGAGCAGUACGAGCACGAGGCGGUGUUCAUUCCCGCCGGGUGCCCUCACCAAGUCAGGAACCUCACGAGUUGCAUCAAAACCGCCGUGGACUUCAUGUCCCCGGAGGCGGUGGAGGAGAGCCUGGCGAUGGUGGGUCGGUUGCGGAGAGUGCACCGCGAGCCGCUCCGCGAGGGCUACCACCCGGCGGGGGACCGCAACUGCGACCGAUUGCAGGGUUUACUCAUUGUGCUGAGUGCGGCUGUGGAGAACUACCGGCUGCUGCGCCCGGGUAGCUACUGCUGCGAACCCGCCGAACAGCACCCAACAGGGGCACCGUCUUGUACGACAGCGGCGGCGGUGGCGGCGGCCGCUGUGAAGGCGCCAUGCAGGGCCCCUGCAGCCAACACCCCCGGCCCCGCGUGCACUCCCGGCGGAGGUCCCACGCGGGGUGGCGACGGGGAGGUGAAGGUCGUGAAGGCGAAGGCGACGGCCGCGAAGGUGGAAACGGAGGCGGAGGAGGGGGAGGAGGAGGGGGAGGAGAGUGGGGAAGAGAGUGAGGAAGAGGAGGAGAGCGAGGAGGAGGGGGAGCCGCUAUUCGGUCCGGGGCAAAGGAAGCGGCCUAGGCCCGGGGGCCGCGGCGGAGCUGAGGCGCCUCGAGUCCCGUGUGCCUCCGUGGCAGCAGGCUCCCUAGGCAAGUUGCCUUCCGCAGCCGCCUGA